CUCGGAGUGAGCUCUUCCUACGGUGCUGCAAAACAGACAGACGAAUUCGGGAACGGAGUAAUCGUUGAUUGUGGUGCCAGUGGAAGAAGCACUCCCUGAGCUAUGGCCUCGGCUUCCAUACCGUACAACUCCAGUAGCCCCCUGGAGAACAGCUCCAGUCAGAACGCGUCCAGUGAAAGUCUGAAGAUGGAGCCGCUGUCUGACGUGUCCUUGCUUCCGGGGGAGGAGAGGGUUAUCGACAAAGACAUCAUUUACAUCUGCCCUUUUAAUGGCGCUCUGAAAGGCAAAGUCUUCAUCACAAACUACAGACUCUACUUCAAGAGUGAUGGGGACCAUGUGGUGGUGUUGGACGUACCCCUGGGAGCCAUCAGCCGGGUGGAGAAGAUGGGCGGAGCCUCGAGUCGAGGGGAGAACUCGUACGGCCUGGACAUCACCUGCAAGGACAUGAGGAACUUGCGGUUCGCUCUGAAACAGGAGGGUCACAGUCGAAGAGACAUCUUCGAAAUCCUCUUCCGAUACGCUUUUCCUCAGUCCCAUGGCCUGCAACUGUUUGCCUUCCUGAGUCAGGAGAAGUUUGAUGAAAACGGCUGGCACGUUUACAAACCCAUGGAGGAGUUCAGGAGGCAGGGCCUUCCUACUGACAAAUGGCGUAUCUCCUUCCUCAACGAGGACUACAAACUGUGCGACACGUACCCCACCAUCCUGGUGGUGCCCUUCAAGGCCACCGAGGACGACCUUCAGAAAGUGGCCACCUUCCGAUCCCGCUGCCGCAUCCCCGUGUUAUCGUGGAUCCACAAGGAGAACGGGGCGGUGAUCGUGCGCUGCAGCCAGCCCCUGGUGGGCAUGAGCGGGAAGCGCAACAAGGACGACGAGCGCUACUUGGAGAUGAUCCGAGAGGCCAACGGCACCACCAAGCUGACCAUCUUCGACGCCAGGCCGAACGUCAACGCAGUCGCAAACAAGGCGACGGGCGGGGGCUACGAGGGGGACGACGCCUACCAGAACGCGGAGCUGGUCUUCCUGGACAUCCACAACAUCCACGUGAUGCGCGAGUCCCUCAAGAAGCUCAAGGACAUCGUCUACCCCAACGUGGAGGAGGCCCACUGGCUCUCCAGUCUGGAGUCCACGCACUGGCUCGAGCACAUCAAGCUGGUGCUCUCAGGGGCCAUCCAGGUGGCGGACAAGGUGUCUUCGGGCAACUCGGUGGUGGUGCACUGCAGUGACGGCUGGGACCGCACGGCGCAGCUGACCUCGCUGGCCAUGCUGAUGCUGGACAGCCACUACCGCACCCUCAGGGGCUUCCAGGUGCUGCUGGAGAAGGAGUGGAUCAGCUUCGGACACAAGUUCGCAUCGAGACUUGGACACGGAGACAAAAACCAUGCAGACCAGGACAGGUCGCCCAUCUUUCUACAGUUCAUCGACUGUGUGUGGCAGAUGACCAAACAGUUCCCCACGGCGUUUGAGUUUAACGAGCGUCUGCUGAUGGUCAUCCUGGACCACCUCUUCAGCUGCCGCUUCGGCACCUUCCUCUUCAACUGCGAGAGCGUCCGCGACAACAACCAUCUGCGGCUAAAGACGGUGUCUCUCUGGUCCCUGGUGAACAGCGACACGUCGUCCUACAUCAACCCCUUCUACACGGAGGAGUCGAGCCGCGUCCUGUACCCCGUGGCCAGCAUGCGCCACCUAGAGCUCUGGGUCACGUACUACAUCCGCUGGAACCCGCGCAUCCGGCAGCAGCAGCAGAGUCCGGUGGAGCAGCGCUACCGUGAGCUGCUGGCGCUGCGUGACCAGUACCUGAAGAAACUCCAGGAGCUCCAGCUGUCCGACUCCUCCCCUUCCUCCGCCCACCUGUCCAACAGCUCCGCCUCCUCCGCCGCCUCCUCCACCACGCAGCACAUCACACACCUGCACACGCCCUUCUGAUACACACACACAUGCACACACACACACACACACACAUGCAUACACACACUCUCGCUUGCUCACUUAAUCACAGGUCUCACACCUGGGGGGGGUUUCCAAGAGCAUGAUUCAGUCAAACAUCUUCUUGUAGAGUAAGAUACUUCAAGCUCGUGCAUUUCCUGGAUCCAUGUGAUGUCAGGUGAACAGCCCUUUUAGGAGACCUUCAGUUAGUAGACCUUAGGAGACUUGAGGUGGAAAUGGAGUUCUACAUGGCGGUAGCGCACAUCUUAUGCAAGCCAUCACCAAAUGCCACAGACAGAGAAGAAGAAGGGGACAACGCCUCCUUAGGCCGGCCACACACUGACUCCGACAGCACUGCGGCACACUUUUGCUUCCGACAGAAUUUGGACCCCCCAAACCAAAUUUCACACGAACAUUGCAUUGAUAGUCAAUGGACGGCGCCGACAAAAUAGAACUCGUCUCUAAUUGCUAUCCGAUGUCGGCCAAUGUCCACGGACAUCGGCGCCAGUGUGCGGGGUUCUAUUGAAAUCAAUGAAAUCGAACCUUUGCGGAGCAGUGCGCAGCACUUUGUCGGAGCCGGUGUGCGGAAGCCCUUAGGAGACUAAACUCGAGCACACUCCUUUGCGUUCAGAGUGGGCAGAGUGUCGCACUACUUGAAGAUGUUUGAAGAAGUGAUAAACCUGGCUCAGCUAGCCUACGGGAAGUAGUAAAUCUGCUAAUGGACUGAGUGCGUUGCAAUAUGCGACCUUGCCUCCUCCACUUGCGCUUGUCUCCUCGCCCCGCCUCCUGGCCCCUCCUCCGUGGACAAAACGAUAAAGUUUCCCAGCUGUCAGCCUAGCCACAACAACUUUUGAGGGACUGUUUUUCAUUCAC